CAUGAAUAAUAUUUAAAAAGAUAUAAUAGUAAGUCUAACAUAGAAUAUCCACAACAAUAUUUGUAUCCAAAGGCACACAAAAAUAAUACGUAUAGCUUUGUGGAGUGCAACAUAAUUUAUUUAAGGUGAACAGUAAGCAGGGCCCACAGUUUUCUAUAUCCGGGAUUGCUCUAUAUUGGGGCGCUAUGUUACAAAAGCCCGAAGGAACUGUAGACUCCUGUGUGUUGGAGAAGAGGUGUGGUGUGCUUAUACAUGUGGAGUAACGAUUGAAUGCAGGAACGCGGCACAAGAGUAUGGGUAUCGUUAAGGAGCAUGCGCCCGUAAAGCCCCAUACCAGAUGGCCCCGCCUUUCCCAACGUUCAUGAUGCCUCUGGGAUUUGUCCACGUUGAACCAAUGAGAAAACGGGGUCGCUGGGAUAACGGCGCCGAAGUCGCUCCAAGGGGGAGAGUUUAUUGGUACCGAGUGGGGAUGACGAACGACGGGGGAUGAGGAGGGAUGGAGGGACGGAAGGUAAGAGUGGGGGGAGCACAGAGGCAGACAACGAACACGACUACCAAUGCUUUCUUAGUCUCGCGACGUCAACUCGUACCGCUAUUACCGAAGGCUACGUUAUAUUUUUCUCGUGCAGGAAAACUAACGCCGGUCCUUUUUCGUCUAGGGAAAAUUAACCAGUCGGCGUGCACUUUUCGCGGUGGUGCUUAUUUUUUUCGGAGUGAUAUUCAAAACGUGUCUAGGUGGGACUGCGCAGCCGCCAUGUGAGUAUUCGAGCAACUAACGAGAGAACCACCGUGAGAUUGUGUACUCGGGACGUGCAUUCGAUGUAGUAGUAGUGUGUAUACAACCGCAUAGAGCAGUGUGUGCAUGAAGGCCUUUAUAUUGCUUAUACUUCGAUAAGAGGCAUGCUGCACAUCAAAAUACUCUUUACAUAUUUUUACAGGAAUGUCAAUACAGCAAUACAAUAGAAAGACUGUAGCUCGAUCGAAGAGGCAAAGUGGCAUGGCAAGGAAGAUGACGGAUGUCAAGCAAAUUGAAAUGUCACAAUCCGAGCAGUCUCAGCAACAGCAGCAGCAGCAGCAGCAGCAGCAGCAACAACAACAGCAGCAGCAACAGCCUCAGCAACAGCAAAUGAUGAUUACUACUCAUGAUAUGCAACAGCAAAACGUUCAGCAACAGCAGCACGCCCAACAACAACAGCAGCAAGUUCAGCAGCAGCAAGUACAGCAACAAGUUCAACCUCAACAGCAAGUCCAACAACAACAGCUUCAGCAGCAAGUACAACAAGUACAGCAGCAGGUUCAGCAACAAGUGCAGCAACAACAACAGCAACAACAGCAGCAGCAGCAGCAACAACAGCCUGGAGGUGGUCCGCACAGUGUUGUUCCAACACAAGUCCAAGUCCAACCACAAGUAGCAGCUAGCAUGUCACAGCAACAGUUGCAGAAUGCUGUAGCAGUUUCAAUGCACCAUCAACAACAGCAACAAGGAGUUGGUGGUGUAUCAAUGACAUUAUCUGGGCAGCAAGGUGCAACAACAAUAACUACAAUGGCAGCUCAUCCUCAGGCUGUUCAAGUCAUACAGCAACCUAUUCAAAGUCAGGCCUACCAUCUUCAACAGCUGUAUAAUACGCAAGGGACGCCUUUAUUGAUGCCUGGAAAUCUUGCCCUACAUCCAGCAGGAAUUAAUCCAUCCUCUAUACAGGUAAUAACUGCUGGCAAGCCUUUUCAAUCAGCAGCGCAACUGACACCUCAUAUGUUAACGACGGCAUCGAAUCCUGGUCAAGGUGGAGGACAUCCUGCAGGUGGUGGAGCCAAAGUACAAGGUUUCCCUGCUGGUUAUUUACCUGUACCUACUUCCGCAAAUCCUGGAGGAGGGCAAACUUUAGUUUUUGGGCAACUUGGAGUGUUAGGUUCACCUCAACCUCCACCUUCGAUUCAACAGCAGCAGCAACAAUCAGCUAACAAACAGGAUCAAGUUCAAAAAUACACAACAUGUACAGCUGGCACACCAUCUGGUGGUAGAGGUGGAGCCAUGCAGUUCGCUCCUUGGCAAUUUGCACCACAGGUCGCUUGGACGGGUCUGCAACCACCAACUCUCCUGACUGCACCCAAUCAAAUUUUCAUUAGGGGACCCACGCAGUCUGACAUGUUCAUACAAAGUCCACAGCCGAUACAAACACAUAACGGUCAUGUUCGCCUGCAAUCAUACCGUUUUGCAGCGCUAGCUACUCAACAACAAAUACAAGGGGUCCAGCAAAUAGCUGCAGCUAGUGGAAAACCAAGGGUAAUGGAUAUACAGCAACAGCAGCAACAGCAGGGUAAGCAGAGUGCAGGUGGACAACGGCCCCUCAGCAUUCUUCCAUCCUCGUUGCAAGGAGUCCAGGGACCUAAUAUCAGACCAGCAAGUUCUGUUUCAACACAGACAGUUCACGGAGUACAAGCAACGGUACAUGCACAGAGUGGGAAAAGUGGCGGUGGUGGAGGUAAGGGUCGGGGUAAACCAAUGGUUCGCACAAGCCCUGGUCCUAAUGCUGCCUCAGCUACGGCAAAAGCUGACGCUGCUAAUCAAACGAAAUCAAAUGUCCAUCAUGCAACUAUGAUAAUGCAGCAGCAGUCUUCUAUGAGCAACAAUGUUGGUAACAACAAAGUACUGAUCACUACAAACGCCCCUGUUGUCUCAGCCGCACAACCUCCAGGCUCACCUAUGUCGACUGGCGAUAAACAAAAUUUUACUCAACAAAAAAUUUUAAUGCAAUCACCCCAGCAGCAGCAGCAGCAGUUGCAGCAGCAGCAACAACAGCAGCAGCAGCAGCAGCAGCAACAACAUCAACAACAGCAGCAGCAGCAGCAGCAGCAGCAACAACAGCAACAAAACCAACAAGCACUGCAGCAGCAACAUCAGCAGGUGUUUAUUCAACAAAUGCAACAUAUGCAACAACAGCAACAAUUACAGCAGCAAUAUCAACAACAACAAGCCCAAGCAUCUCAGCAACAACUACAGUCUAAACCAAUAAUGGGUAUGACACUGCAACAACAACAACCAGGAGUGGUUCUUGGAGGCGACAGACCGAUAAUGCCUGUUGUUUCUAUGGGUGGUGUUGGAGUUGGAGUUGCUACCACAUUACAAAUGAAUCAAGUGCAACAAUCUCCCAUGUCAACGGUUCAGCAGCUUCAGUUACCGACAAUCAAUCCAACGAUAAUAGGCAAUCAAAUAGUCAGUGGAGCUCCACAGGUACAAACGAUGUCAAUGGUUAGUCAAUCGACGGAUCAACAGCAACAUGAUAAUACCAAUUCACCUAUGAUGAUAUCAUCUCCUGAACGUAAUCAUCAAAAUGAUUGUCCGCCAAUGCUACCGCCCGUUCAAAAUCCGUCCGUUAAUAAUGACGAUCCUUCGAAAUGCGCCGUGAAGAAGGAAGAAAUCACAUCUGCAACGAUAGAAGAAGUACCAAUGACGAACAUGGAGACGUCAGAAGGGGACCAAUGUAAAAGCGGUAUUAAAGAAGAUAAUGGUAACGCAGUUUCAAAGGCAGAGGAAAAAUCUUGUGGCAACCCUUUAGCUGGACUUGCCAAUGCUGUUAAUUCGAUUACUAAUGGUGUUAUUGGCGAUGAACCAGCUACAAUUUCUGUGUCUGUACCACCUACGGCAAACAGUAAACAAGCACCUCCAAAAGCUAUGGUGAAACCUCAGGUUUUAACGCACGUGAUCGAAGGGUUUGUCAUACAAGAAGCAUCGGAACCAUUUGCAGUUAACCGAUCAUCUUUGACUGGCUCUGUUAACCAAAUUGGACACGAUACAAGCAACUCAACGAAUCGGAAUGGUUUAUCAUCCUCGGAUAAGGAUAUACAGGAAGAACCUCCUAGUAAGAAAAGAAAGAAACAUGCUCCUAAUUAUUCCACUGAUACUGAUGGAUUCGAGGGACAAACUGGCAAAUGUGAAUCAUGUGGCACUCAUAUUGAGGAGCAAAAUGGAAAGGUCAAGAAGGAGAAGAGGUUCUGUUCAGCCAUUUGUGCGAAGAGUAAAAGAAAAGAAAACAGAGAUAGAGAUACAAAUGAAAAGGAAUGGACGGAAAUGGAUACAGAUACAAAACACAACAAUGCCAAUGAUAUGGCAAAGAAAAAUGGUGACGAAAAGUUACUUUCUGCUAUAACAGCUACUCCGACCAUAGACGAAUUAACCCCACGGGUGAAUCCUGUAAAGUGGACGGUGAACGAAGUGUGCGAGUUUAUACGUGGCUUACCGGGUUGUGCGGAUUAUGCGGAUGACUUUGCGAUACAAGAAAUCGAUGGACAGGCUCUAAUGUUACUUAAAGAAGAUCACUUAAUGUCGGCAAUGAGCAUCAAAUUAGGACCAGCACUGAAGAUCGUAGCCAGGAUCGACUCGAUGCGGCUAGACUCUAUGUCUAAUUCCGCCCCACCGACUAAUAACAAUUCGUGAACCCUUUCAUUCUUUAAUUCAUUUUUAUUCAUUUAAGAUAUUCGUAUCUUAAAGUAAAAACACAUCAUAGCCUCGGGGCUACAGGGUCUGUGCAAGAAACUCGUCGUAAUGCAGUAUCUCGUAAAUUCACAUUUAUAUCGGCUCAAGAAGUAUAGUUCUACACAUUUCUUUUAUAUGAUUUCAUUUUCUGAAACAGUGGCACUAUUGUAAUUUCUAUUACAUAUCAGAUUUUUUUUUAGUCAUUACUUUCGAUUUUGAAUAAUUCUUUUAAUGGCUUAUCAGCUAUAUUGAAUUCUCACUGCAGUUAGUGAACAAUUGUUUUUAACGUUUAAAGAUACAUCUAGAGUCCAGCAUAAUCUUUCCAACCUGACUUUAGAACUAGUUACUGGCACAUUUCCUCAUUGGAAGAGUCAGCCAUAAGGAAAGGAAGGAAGGAGGAACGUUUAAAGAUAAUGAUAUUUAUAUCAAUUAUAAUAUUUUCAUAUAACUUAGAAGCAUUGGUUAUAUAGAUAUCCAAAUUCUAAGAAAAAUCAAGACAACGUGCAACAACAAAUUAACAGAAUAUACGUCCAAUAUAAAAUACUGACUGUUGUUUCAAAGGUAUAUGUUGUUACAAGCGUUAACUCUCAAUACGUAGAUUUGUGUAGAAUAUUCGCCUUUGUAUUUAGUGAAUUUACGAUGGUACAUAUCCAGCAGUUCACGAUCGGCUGGAAAGUUUUAGUGACUGUAAGACAGCCGAUCUUUGAUCUAAUAUGGAAAUUGAUGUAAAUAAGGUUGAAAAGAAUUUUGAUAAACUAUGUAAAGACACAAUACAUCACCGUUAUAUGUUCGAGGCGGCAAAAAAUGCAUUUGUAUAUUUUUUUUUAUAAUGGAAUAUAAUAUUUAAGCAGGGCCCAAAUCGUUGCGACACAAAGAAUAAGAUAAAAAAUGGCGUGCAAAAUAAAAAAUUCAUUUUCAUGGUGAUCGACCUAGAACCGUUUACGAUUUUAUUGAAAAUAAAUCAUACAUGCUUCAUGUUGUAUGUUUUUUGCAGCAUUAAUUGUUUCGCUACGAUUUGUGUUCUACUUACAAUAAUUAUAUGAAGAAUGUACUUUAGUUGACACUUAUAGCAUAACGGUUCGAAAGUGCUGGGUUCGUUUAUAAAUUCGUAUAAGCCUAGUAUAUGAUAUACUUAAGGAAAUGUAAAUAUUAAAUAUAAGAGCCCGUAUUCACAACUCGCUCUUAAAGUCACGAACAGUCGGUUGUAGUUAAAAGUCACUAACAAAAAUUUAAAAGCGCGCUAUUAGCACUAAAAGUGAGUUCUGAAUACGGACUAAGAUGUUUAUUUAGAAUACCAAAUUUUAUAAUAUUAAUUUGUAACAGCGAACACCGUUCGUUACAAUUUUUCCUUCUUCUUUCUUCGUGCUAACGUAAGAAUUAGAGUGUGAACUACAUGAAUGACAUUUGUAUGUUUAUCAAUGUACAAAAUUCAUAUGCAAUAAUUUCCACAAAAUUAAAGACGUACUAUUUUCA